UGUUUGCACCUAUUAUCAAUGUGGACGGGGAGUGACCGGUUGAGAUUGUUCCGAGCCGAUUUGAAUGAAGAAGGGAGCUUCAAUGAGGCUGUGAAGGGCUGUGAUGGCGUAUUUCAUGUUGCGACUCCAAUGGAGUUUGGUGCUGCUGUGGAAGAGAAUAUUGAGAGUUAUGUUCAAUCACAUAUCAUUGACCCUGCAAUCAAUGGGACCCUUAAUCUCCUUAGAGCCUGCUUGGAAUCCAAAUCUGUGAAAAGAGUUGUUUUCACAUCUUCCAUUAGUACUAUCACUGCCAAAGACAGCAAUGGAGAAUGGAGACCAGUUGUUGAUGAAUCUUGUCAAACUCCUAUUGACCAU